UGAAGGGCCGGUACCCAGGCUCGCCGGUCGGGGUACGAGAUGGUGGUCCGAGCGCUGGACCUGACCGGCCUGGCCCGGUGGGUCGCGCAGGGGAGAGCGGAGCAAUCAGAAUUCGGCAGUCCCGACCACGGCACCUGUAUUCCAAGGCAACCGGCAUGCUGCAUCCCAAUAUUCGUCGUGCCGACCGAAGCAUCCUUGAUCCACAAAAGACCGAUGCUCUUCUUUCAAACAGGCACCUCUACCUCCGGAACCCCUUGAUCCUGGCACUCAACCGAUACCGAUCUAAUUGCUUCUCGGCUGUACAUGAGUGGUUCAAGAACCACCAUUUCGUUGAGGUUAGCGCACCUUUGAUCACCCAUUCCAUACUCUACGAGCCGAAUUCCGCCAUUCAAGUCUCGAAUUUAAGAACGAGCAAGACACUGUUCCUGUCCCAGUGCGCUGGUUUCUACCUCGAAGCUGCUGCACAUGCCCACGAACGGGUGUACAACCUCGGGCCCAGCUUCAGAAACGAAAGCAGAACUAACCGUCAUCUCAUGGAGUACUGGCAUGUCAAGGCGGAGCUUUGCUCCGGGAAUAUGGAUGAUAUCAUGGAUUUGGUUGAGAUCUUCCUGCACGACGUUUUCACGGCCCUGCUCAAGCAUACGAAGGACGUCACAGCUCUUCUUGGAACACAGCAGCCAGGAAUACAGAUCCCCUUCGCGCGCAUCACCUACCGAGAGGCUCUCGAGUUGCUCAACAGCAGAGGUCAUCAGGUUUCUUUUGGCCAAAAUAUUUCUAAGCCGGCCGAGGAUCUCCUGACCAGCCACUUUGGUGGACCCGUUUGGCUGACGCACAAACCCCGCGGGCUCGAGCCGUUUCCUUACUGCGUGUGCCCUGACGACGAGGAAUUGACAAUGACGGCAGACUUGAUUUCGUCGGGGGGUUUCGGUGAGAUAUGUGGCGUGGCUGAGAAGUCCUUUUCCAGGCAAGACCUCGAGUUGCGGCUUCAGGAGAAGGGAAAGUCAGAGAUGCAGGACAUGUAUGGGUGGGUGCUACAAUCUCGGGACUUUGGCAUGGUUCCGCACACGGCGUUUGGUAUGGGUUUCGAAAGGAUGUUAAGAUGGUUUUGUGGCGUAGGCCACGUGAAGGACAUGGUCCCCUUCCCCCGAAUUUUUGGCCGCGACCCGACUCCGUGAGGGCUAGGAAGGGUGUGCUGGCAGAUCAUCUGUUGCGUGGGCCCACCUAUUGGUGGCCCGAGCUGUCCAGGCAGCCUCACGUCUGCCCUGCAUCUCGCAUGCAGGUUUUUCCGGCUUAGCACCUGAGAGAGCAAGACAUCGAAUACCAUCAGUUCGUUGCUCUUAGUCCCAUCAUCUGAUGUAAUUCGC